AUGUCAAGAUUCUCAGGGCGACUUUCGGAUUGGACAAAAACGAUACGUCUGCCUGGACGACACACCAUGGAGACUGCGCCAUGCCCUUACAACGCCGGGACAGUCUCCGCAAAUGCCGGCUUCCUCGCUCUCAGAGCACUCAGAGCAUAUCAAGUACAUCGUCUUCGCUUUGCAGGAAACGAAGUCCAGGAAGAAGGACCGCGACAAAUGGGUGAUAGGACCCUCAUCAUUCGUGGUGAAAAGGUUCUAUCACGAAAGGUUGGAGGCUCUGUCGUCCACCCAUCUAUCUUGUCGACUCCGCGAGAUCCUAUCAUUUCGACUAAGCAUCCUACGACCACGACCUGUCAGAAGACCAUCAGCAUCAUUAAAUGCGACCCUCCAACACCAGCAGCUAAUGAAGAUGCUUUCUAUCUGGAGAUCGUUUGCAACGAGAAGUCCUUUCACAAAUUUGCGGUGGGCGACUUCAACGCGAAAGUCGAGAUGCCACUAUAA